CUCCACACCGCGUGCACCCCGGGCGAGCCCGUCUCCAUACGGAUCCUUUGCCAAUGCUUGGUCUUCCGCUCGGCGAGAAUCCGACGGAGGGCUUUUAUACAGGGACCCGUGAUGUCACCUCCACAAUCACGGACUUCAGCCCGGUCUCUCACUUCCCGGCAACGUUGCGUUUCUUGGUUUUCUCUCAUCAUGGCCCAUGAUGGGACUACGCGGGCUUAUUCGACCAACCUUUACCAAGCACCGUCGCCCGCGGCGCCAAUACCGGGGGAGAGCAAACGGAACCCCUCAAUGCCUCCUCAAAGAGAGGGAGAGGGAGAGGGAGAGAGAGAGAAAGACAGAGAGGGGAUGGAGGGGGUGGUUUCGCCUCCGCCGAGUCCAACAUCUCCGUCCAUCAACAAUGCGGAGUAGUGUGGGAUGUAAUCUGGGGUAAGUAGUGUGGGGGGACGCGGUCACGGUCCAAAGGGUAUAAGAGCGACGAUGCUCUGUGUGCUCUUGGGAGGAGCAGACGGGCACCCAUCGUCGAUCCCUCCCUCCCCCUCUCUCUCCCUUCCCCCUUUCUCUUCCCCGACUCUGCAACUCCCACACAUGGCGAACGACAAGGUGCCCGACGCGCCCUCGGGCCAGGAGCCCACGAUCCACGGCAGCACCAUGGGAGCCGGGGCGCCGCGCGCGGCCUCGGAGAAGGCCAACAACACGGACGACGAGCCCGCGUUCCUCGAGCACGCCGCGACAAACAACUCGGAGGCCUUCAAGGAGGCCCGGAGGGUGAACGCCAUCGAGGCCCUCGGCAUCCCGGACUGGCAGGCCAAGGAGAAGAAGAUUGUCCGGACUCUGGACAUGACGCUGCUGCCCCAGCUGUGGAUCUUGUACAUGUUCAACUACCUGAACCGCACAAACAUCGCACAAGCCCGUCUCGACGAGGACUUUGAGGCGACACUCCAACUCGGGAACACCGACUACAGUACCGCAGUCGCCCUACUCACCGUCGGCUACAUGUUGGCACAGCUGCCUUCCAACAUGCUCAUCACCCGAGUCCGCCCGGGCCUCUACCUUCCGACCUGCGCCAUCCUGUGGUCCGGCGUUUCCGCCACGACGGCUGCCGUCACCACCCCGGGCCAGCUCUUUGGUGUCCAGUUCAUCUUGGGUAUCAUUGAAGCCCCCCUAUUCCCUGGUGCCGUCUACCUUAUGUCAUGCUGGUACACCCGGAGAGAGCUCGCCCUCCGCACCGCGCUCCUCUACUCGGGCCUCGUCCUCGCCCAAGCCUUCUCCGGCCUCAUCGCCGCCGGCGUCUUCUCCGGCAUGUCUGGGGCCGCAGGACUCCGUGGGUGGCAGUGGCUUUUCGUGCUCGAAGGAAUCCUCAGUGCCUUCUUUGCGUUGACCGCCUAUUUCAUCUUGCCCAACUAUCCUCACUCCAAGACCGGGGGCGCGAUGUGGUCCAUGACGGAAGAUAUGCGGAGGAUCGCCGUGGCCCGCAUCGAGGCCGACCGUGUGGAGCAGCCUACCGACUCGACAGUCUGGCAGGGUCUGCGUCUGGCGCUGACCGAUCUGAAAACGUACAUUUUCAUCUUCAUGAACAUCUUCAUGACAUCUUCCUACGGCUUCAACAAUUUCUUCCCAACCAUGGUCCGCGGCUUCGGCAUGGGUAGCAGCACGAUGGCCCUCGUCCUCACUGCGCCGCCCUACAUCCUGGGCACCGCGGUGUCCUUCGGCGUGGCGUGGUCUUCGGACAGGAAGAAGGAGAGAGGUUUCCACAUCAUGGCCAACAACUGCAUAUCCAUCGUUGGUUUCAUCAUCUCCGUCGCGACCCUCAACACGGCGGCGCGCUACACGGCGGCCUUCCUGUACACGUCAGGCUCCUUCUCCGCCAACGCUCUGGUUUACACCUGGGCCGUCUCGUCGCUCGGCCAGACGCCCGAGAAGCGUGCGGCUGGCGGCGCCAUCGUCAACAUCAUGGGUCACCUGGGCAACGUCAUGUCGCCCUAUUUCUUUCCCGACAGUGACUCGCCGCGCUACACGAUGGCCAUGAUCCUCCAGAUCGUCUUCGCCGGCCUGACAUUCUGCAUGGCCUUCACGUCCAAGACCUAUCUGCGCAGGCAGAACAAGAAGCUGCGGACCGCGGCGGAUGCGAGUGGUGAAGUGUACAACCCCUUUACGACGUGACGACUUUUGCGUUUGGCUCUAUGUCUGGUUUUGCUUUUGCCUUGUUUUCGGAAAGUGUUGCUGCUCGAGCAUAACGGAAGUCUCUGUAGUUGUCUUUUCAAUAUCAGACAUCGCCGCUUCCGAGCGGAAAGUGCCCGAAGCAUUCACCUGCGGAAAUUCCGGUUUGCCGAAAGCGUUACCUGACGUGCUAUUCGUGAAUUGCUGUCCCGUUCGAGUUGUGUACCCUUACGGGGGGGGGGGGCUCGUCGUUUCGAAGGCACGACCCGGAGGCUUUGGUUGUCAAGCUAUGGAAGCAGAGCAAACUGGCCGCAGCACAAAACAGCCAUCCGUCAAAGAGAUGCUGUAGAAGGGGGAUUAGCCACGAGGCAUAGCCUCCCGACUUCGCUUGACUCGGUCUAGGCUCACCACUAGGUUGCCGCCGAUUCCAGGCUCUUCCGGGUCCUCCACGGCUUUGGCAGCAUAGGAUGCAACUGCUUGCCCUUCAAAAAGUUGCCAUGAUAACCGGUGGGAGUGUGUAGGCAUUGACCAGUGAGGAGAAUUCACUGCUGCGACUCCACUGUCCUGGUUCCUGUGCCGACCUGAACUGUCAGUCACAGCGACUUCGAUGACACACGGGGAGCCUUAAAUACGACUAAACGGGAGCUCGAUAUCGAUGCCGCUGCUGUUUGAAGGACCCGCCCCUCUGUCACAACGAGAAGUGGGUAUGCGAUGCGCUUGAAAGACUUCAAAAAAAACUGGAGAAAAGUGUCGGCGAUGAAGGAGGAGGAAUGUCCGUAUACGAGGAGGUGCCAAGGUGGAAGGUGGCUUGGUUCAGGUGAAGACUUAAACUCAUCACCAACGGGCCUCAAUGGUAAAAGGAUAACAGCGCCCCAAGCCUGCGUCAACUCAGACAAGACGGACAACAGCGCGUGGAGCUGUCAUUGAAUAUCUUGUAAAUCGAAAGAGGUUCCGGUUUUUCUCUCCGGAACGGAUGAACUUCUGGUACGAGUAUGGCUUUUUGCCAGGGGAAACGCCGAGAGGCCGAAUGUCCUAACGCAAUUCUUGGUGACAGCAAUCAAUGGUUGUGUCGUGGUGGUUGUAGUUGAGUCACCUCUAGGCGCGUCAUCCAGAAUGCUACGCCCUGUCUUAUGCGAACAACCAAAACAAUCCCACACCGUCCCGGAGAAGAAAGAACGGGAGGUCAAACUAAACAGAUCAUCCGAUUAUGGUGCAGCAGAAGAGAGCGGGUUUCCGCCGUCCGCCGACCCAGAUGCCAGCUGGGGAGUACACUACGGAACUGGUCGAUCUCCCACCCAUCACCCCCCGCCCCCCACCAUCCCGGGGCGAUAUCCGGUUAAGUGUGGAUGACGGCCCGCCAAGCACCAGGCGAAGGCUUCACGACCUUUCAGCCGGUGAUAUUAAUUUCAAAGGCUCGCUCCAUCGUUGAUGCUACUCAACAGGAAUAAGCGCGCCAAGGUUGCUCAGCUUGUGCAGACAGGGGCCUGUAUCGUACGCCCACCGCUCACCACCUCGGGAAUGGUCGACGGAGCUUCACCAAGAAGACCCCAAUAGGUUUGGGCCUAUGUGAGUGCGGCAAAAGCGUCAGCAGACGGCGGGAGUGGCUGUGGCCAACCUCUCUCUGUCCUACCCUCUCUGGGCUGCAACCCCCCAGGCGGCGGCUCCCCUUGGAUCCCACGAUAAGCCCUACGGUAGGGCUGCCGCUGGUCACGCGCAGAGGGCAGGAAUCCAGAGGAGCACCGUUGGCCGAGACCCGACGGCGCUUAGGAAAACGUCUCUGCUGCAGGCGCGUAUCCACACGGUGAUCUUAUUGUCUGCUGGGACUUUGUCUCACAUCCCAAGAGGUGAGAUCACCGCCCCAGUAUCCGCUCAAGCGACCAGUGUGCCUCUUCCUUCGAUGGACUCGCCGCCAUCAUAGCCACAAGGCCCAAUGGCCGGAUUGUCCAAUCGCCUAUGAUCGGUUGAAAAGCGCGGAUUCCAUACACCAAAGUGGCAGAACACCUUGGAGACUCGGCGACGCGGCGCCCAUCUGGCCCAAGACGUUCCAAAGCGAUGCACAGCAACCAAGGACACCGUCGGGCGUCUUUGUCAGCGGCGGCUAUUUUCGUGCGAGGAGUCGAUAAGUUUAACGGCUCCCUGUCCCGUCCCCAAGCGGACAGGUUAAGCCAGUAAGUCCAGGAAAUGAUUGUCAUCGCCACCGGGCCAAAAUGCCUGCCUUCUUGUCCGGGGUUCGAUUUGCCGGUUAUGUAGGCGUUGUCAGGUAGCAUCCGCGAGCAUGCGUGAGCUGACAUACGACGUCGGUGAUGCUACCGAUCCUAGUCUCAGAGCAGUACUAGGAAGCGAAGCAGCAGGAUUGGCCUGCGAGAGUGGCUGAUCAUAUGAUUACGAGAGAAACCUCCUGGCAGGUUCAUCCCUCGAGCGGCACAUCGUGUGCCGUUUUUUGUCCCGUGCCCCCGUGCAUGCUAUGGGGCCGGGCCCAAGAGAGCCCAACCGUGACAUGCCGCAUUGUCCAUGGCCGAACUCGUUGGAAAUACAUAAAGAUGACCCAAACGUCGAAUAGAGUUUCCCAGGUCGCCUUUGCCAAGGUUGCCCAGGACUGACGAGCUCUGUGUCAGAUAUCAGAGUUUCCUCGGCAAUUGCCUUCGGUACUUGCGUGAACUACACCGCUCAGAGUCAUCCGGUGUCCAGGAAUAGGAAUGCCAAUUGUACGAGUGUCGUAGGAGGACCGAAUACAUGGUGACGGCGCCAGCUGAAUGGCGAUAACCAACAACUAUCGGCGAAAGCCACUGCUGCAGCGACGGAAAGGUCAUUCGAGACCACGUGAACCGAGGUGGGACACGUCGAACGGUUAAGCUUUGCCAGUGCCAGUCUUGAACCAUGCGUGCUAGGGUUUCAGACAAGAGACAAGAUCUAAGAUGGACGAUGAACAAACAGUUGGUUCUCUUGUGGGGGAACCAGGAACUUGGGGGAAAGGAUGGCGAUUUGCAUGGCAUGUACUGUACGUACACUGUACGUCACAGCAUCUGUCUCCUAUCAGGGUGUGGACAGGCAAUCUUGAGACAAGAACCGGGGAGAGGGCGACUGGUGAACCAGCAAGCGUAGUACAGUAAUCACUGUGUUCACGUCUUUGACCAAUGUUGGCGGCAUGGGGCGCGUGUGGCUGCUAAAAAGGGCAGACAGCGCCAGAACAGUGCCGUGCCUCCCUGCGCCUGUCUAGGGCACCAACUCUGCAGAAACCAUGCGAGAAACGUUCUCCCGCCUUUAAUGAGCAUCGACGAUUGCCAGCCUGACGUCGCGCUUGUCAAGCUAACGUAAGCGAGCGGCUGUCGACGGGAGGGAUCCUCAGGGGGCUGUCAUGGAGUGCUGUAGAUCACUCGCCGAGAUGGGUACCGAGUCCAUGAUUCAGCACGACUGAUGGGUGGUUCCUUUCUCGAGCAGGAAGGGGAGCCGCAAAUCGAGAUAUGUUUCUGAUUAGUAUUCUUGUUGGUUGCUCAGUGGAUAUCGCCGUGAAGGUGUGGCCUGCCUUUCUAGAAAAGGAAGAAAACUAAAAGGAUAGAAAUAAAGUUGGCUCGGUGGUCUUUGAGUCAGAACAUGCGACGACGCAGUCGACGAGUAGAGUUCGCGAGAACGAGGGGCGACAGAGACGCCCGAGGGCGGAAAGCAAGGCUAGAAGGGAACGGGGUGGGUGGCCGGCGGAGGUUUAAGACCGCGCUGGGUGUCUUUGUGAAAUUGCGAUUGCAGAAAGCUGCAAUCUCGACGGGGAUGAAUCGCCGAAACUCAUGAUGGCCGUUGGAUGCAGGAUGCUGGAUGCUGCCAAUGUCCCACCAGCCGUCAACGUUGGCAGAUGGGUUGGUGAUUUGCAAGUCGCGAGGAGAGUUGUGUAACGAAGCGCCGGACGUGGCGAGUAGAAAAGCACAUGUCUCGAGCCCGUGACGAAGGAGCCAUGUUGAUGGUGCUGUCCUGACAGUAGAGUCGUCGAGGGGCGUCAAGCAUUGG